UCGAUGCCAUUCGAGUACUUUGACAAAUGCACUGGUAUAUUUCAUUAUAUGAGUUGUAUAUUUCAAAAUAUACGCCGAAUAUUCCAGGUACGAGGCUGAAUAUUUCAAAAUGUGCAACUGUAUACUUUAUUUUUAUUGAGUCAAUUUUUCAUAGACCUUGUCGUCUUCUUCAAAAUAUCCGUUGAAAUUUCCAUCUACGCAGCUGAAUAUUUCAAAAUAUACAUUGUAUAUUUCAAGAAGCCAGUCGUUUAUCUAAUUUUAUUUCAUUUACGCAUGCUGAUUAUCUGCGGGGUUGAUUUCCUAGAAAUACAAGUCAUCGUUGUGUAUCAUACAGUAGAUUAUCGGAGAAAUACGUCGAUUAAUAUUAUGGUUUUCUUGCAUUUUGCUUUGCUAUUGCUUUGACAGUACCGCGCGUGAAUUUCUCAUAUUGCCUCUGUAACAUGAUGCACCCUUGUGUAUACCAAUCUGGAUACGAAUGUGCUGUCCUCCCCACCACUCCAACGAGAGUAGUCGCUCGCUGGUCAGGAGGUCGCGUCUGCUGUCCGCUUGUUUACCUCAUCGCAUUAUAUUCUAUUUACCUCGUUUUCCAUUCCUUUUUUUUAAUGUUUCCGAGAAUUAUUUGUUCUCUAAUACUUUACGUGGUUACUUAUAAUUCAAAGUUUCCUCUUGACUUGAUCGAGACAAGUGUAUGUGUGUGAUAAGCCUGUUGUUACAAGCACGAGCCUAUCAAGAAUUGAGGUUAUAAGAUGUCUCUUGCUGCACAGUUGUAACUUUUGAAAGGAACCUCAUUUUUACGCUACAGCUAUGAAAGCAGCCUUUGUAAAGUCUGCUGUAAAUGCAUUUUAUCAGUCUAUUUCCCAUCAGGGUCCUUACUGCGGGACAAGUGAUGGUAAUGUUUCGCACCCAAUUAAGUUAGCUUUUGAUAAAGUACCUGAAUUGAAAAGAGGUGUGGCGUGGCCUGUGGUGAAGCAUAGUUGUGAUUAUUCUGCUGUGGAAUGGCUUCUAUACAGUGGUGAAGAUGCACAUGAACUUACUUACGGACAUAUUAAGAACUGGUUACUUGUGCCGGAAGACUUUAAGGAAAUCAUGGAUUAUGUGGUGAAAUUACAUAAUUUGAAGUUAGUAAGAGUUAUUGCCAAUGUGUACGAGGGUUACAGAUCCACAUCAGAAGAGGAAUCGGUGUGUUUGAAGACGGAUGUCUCAGUGUCGAUGGUAAUUGUUCAUCCUGGUGACCUUCUCAUAUCAUUACCAAACAAAGUAAAUCUGAGCGAAGGCAAAACUGCCGAGAAAAACUUCUCAACUAAGGAUUUUGUAUAUGUCGCCGAUAAAAACGUUUCGCCUGCUUUUAAUGUAUUUACUGGAACUUCACUAGGACACCAUAAUGUCUAUACUGAAAUUCCAAGCUCAUUAAAUUUGGAAAUUGCAACAGCGGAUCAUCAUCUUGAUACCAAAAUUGAGAGUGGUCUUCAUACAGAGGUCGAUAUAAAAGAUGAAGUUGUGGAUGCUGAAGAUGAUUGUAAUGUUGGACACUUUUCUGAUGGUCAUGCAUCAUUGUGUAGUAAAGUUCAAACUAUAUCUGCAGCAGAGGAAGGUACCAGCGCUGUUGCCAGAAACACUGAAUCUACUGGCCCAAAUUCUGUUUUGAGGCGUUGCAAUAACCGGCUGGCUGAAAAUAACCAAUUUGCCAGACUGUUGGAAUGUCCACAAUGCACAGUUACAUUUAAAUUCGGAUAUUAUGGUAGGGGCCUAAGUCUUCUGGAAUCUCACAUCAAUCUAGUGCACAGGAAAACAGCCAACAUGUGUAUGACAGUUAUCAAACGUAAAUAUUCAUUCUGCGCUAGCUUUUUAGGUAAAUAUAGAUCCAAGCGAACAGUGGUCGGUUCAACUAAACCGACUCCCACCCCUACUAAAGCUGCUUCUUCACACUCUGGUGAUUCUGAUGAUUUUAACAGUAGAGAUAAUGAAGUGGGUAGCAAACACAAAGAUGGUGAAGGCUCAAAGGAUUCUGACGCUGAUGACAGUCAGCCCCUUUAUACAGAGGAGCAAAAUCCAGAAAACUCUCCGCGAUCAGAGGAUCAACCUAAACGCAAAUAG